AUGCCCAGAAAUAAACAUCACACUAAACGCACGAACAAGGCUCAUGAGGUUGUUAAUCUCGAGACCAUUACAGAUCAACACAAGAAAAAUGUAACUCAUCAUGAAGCAGUUUCUUCUUCUUCGGAAUCAACAGAACAUUGGAAUGAUCAACUUCCCGAUGAAUUAUUCUCCAUUAUUAUUGCCUUUUGUGAUUGUUUUGAUUAUACUCAACUUGUACUCGUUUCAAAACACAUGAAUCAAUUAUGUAAGAAAUUCAUUCCGUUGGAUAUUGCUUGUAAAAAGGCUUUUAUGGGAUCUUUAACGUAUGAAGAAUUUAUCACGUUACCCUUGUUCAUACAGCAACACCGAUCGUUGCACAAGAAUUUAUUGUGCCAACAUCCAAAGAAGGUUUCCUUUCUAUUAUUCCCGAAUCGUAUGACCACCAAUACUACAACAACGGAUCAUCAUCACUUUGAAAUUCUCUCCAACAAUGAUGAUAUGAAGAAUUAUUGCUUGAAUUAUGCUCUCGUUUCUGCCUUUUAUCAAAACAACAAGUAUUUAAGUAAUAGUUGGCAUGGUUUCCAUAACUUGAUGAGUCUGAAAGGAGUCUUUCCUCAUACUCAAAAAUUGGUGUCUGAUUUGGCAAAAAGUAUAGAUCCACGUUUGCUUUUCAAUUCUUCCUUUCGAAAGUUUUUCGUCGAGUUGGCUGAAGUAUUGGCAAAUAUAAGAUCAACCUUCCAAAACGAGAAGGAAUUAUUAUCGUACUUUUCAAUGGCAUCGUCAUCUUCGGUGAAUGUAGAGUAUGCCAAAUGCUGGUUUUUUUCGAAAGGACACGAAUCCAACUAUGGAUUACUUGAAUUUGCGCCUCCAAAUAUUAAGAAUGAUAAGCGAAUGAUUAUGGCAUGUUUAGAAAGAUUCUACACCAAGUAUCAAUCUCUCUGA